AUGGGUGAGGUCGAACACUCCGCAAUGCUUCAUGAUGACGCAAUGCCGGGCUUGUCCACGAAUUCAAACCAAGCAGACCUCUCAACCUACCAACCCAAACCAGACGAAAAAUACAGCAGAAUGAGCGUUACCUUCAAUGACCAGACACAGGGGACGGACGUGACGAAGACGUUCCCAGACCGGGUGAAGCAAAAAACAUUCCUAAUAUCCGGCCUCAAACGAGGCGAUCUCGCUGCAACAACCGCAGACGCCCUUGCGCACGCCGGCGCAGGAACCAUAAUAUACACGGGCCGCUCACAGUCGGAGCUCCAGCAUGUGGUCGACCAUAUCAACCGGAAAUACAAAACGGUCAAGAUGAUCUUUGUGACGGCCGAUGCCGGCAGCCUGGCUUCGUUCCGCAAGGCAGCGCAUACUAUCAAGGAGCUGGGCGUGUCCAUUGAUGGCUUCAUUGGAUUUCCCGAGGUCAUGGCUGUACCAUGGGAGCUCACGGAGGACGGGCUCGAGUCUCAUUUCCAGAGGAAUUAUCUGUGUUAUUUCCUGCUGCUUAAUCUGCUGUGUGAUAUUAUGAAGCCCGGCUCGAGGGUUGUUUUGGUUACGUCUAGUUUGCGGACUGAGGCGCCUGCACCUUCGUGGGAUGAUUUGACGUUUGGGAAUGGAGAAAAUUACCAUCCUCUGGAUGGAUAUUCGCAGUCGAUGCUCGCAAUCAUCUUGUUUAUCAAGUCUAUUGCGAAGAAGUAUAGCGGAUCUGUCGCAGCCUUUUCUGCAAAUCCAGGAAAUACCAAAACCAACGUCCAGACGUACGUUGCAUUUGAUGAGAUCAAAUCCUGGCUGCAGCGGAAGAAAGAAGUCCAAUCCGGAGCCUUUCUCGACCAUUGCCAGACACCCAAGUUACCGCAUCUCGACUUCCCAGCGGGCGAAGAAAGUGCAGAGACGUUAUGGAAACGAAGCUAUGAACUGAUUGAGACGUUUCUUCCCUGA